GUUAAUAUUAAGAAGAAUCCAUAUGUGUGUUACAUUAUUUCUUUUCUGUUAUUCGUUCUUAUAUAACUAGAUUUUACGUUAGUUCACUUUGUAAUAUAAUCUAGCGCAAUUCUUAAUAGUAACAUUUUUAUUAUUAUAACAUUCGCCUGAGGCGAUAAAGAAAAUAAAACCAUAACUCUACAGUGCAGAUGAUUAUUAUAAUUGUGGGAACAUAAGAAUGAAAAUAAUGUAAACGAUACUGUGCGUGCUUUUAUGAUAUAUAAUAUUUCUUUACAUAGUAAAAAUAAAGUUUGACAGAAAAUUUCUUGAUUUUAUGUAGUUUUCAAAUUCCAAGAAAAUUAUACGUCAAACGUGUGUAUAUAUAAGGAGACGUGGCUCGAUUACAAAACAUCGCUUUUCCGAGAUCUUUUUCUAGGACACAUGAAUACGAAUAGCCACAGUGAAAGAGCACUUUCAGCUUCAAGAUUGCAUUCAUCAAAACAGUUAAUUAAUAAUUUGCGUUGUUUCUGAUCUGCACAAUAUAAUUCGAAAAUGCAAAGUAAUUGAGAUGGUUUGAAAACUUUUUUUUUAUUUGAGGUUGGGAGCUUCUUACCUUCUGACAGGAAAUAAAUUAUUUAUUCUAUAGAGAAAUUUUUCAAAGUAUGAAUUAAUUGAUCAAAUAAGUAAUUAAUUUUUUUUAACAAAUGAAACUCAAGUUGAUACUAUAACAGUUGAUCAAUACAAAAAUAAAUCAAAUGAUCACAAUCUUUUAUGUUCAACAGUUAUAAACGGAUUAUAAAACAUAAAAUGAGUGAAUAAAGAUGCAACAACAAAACAAACAUCGCAAAUAAAAAAAGAGCAGUCGUAACAUAUGUAACAUAUAUAUAUAUAUAUAUACGUAUAUGAGUUAGGCCACGCCUCAGCCUGCACUUCUCUCUUUCCUCUCUCCCACUAUCGCUCUUUCUCUGUCUGUCGUACACCCCGAUUUGAGGUGUAGAUAUAGCGGGUGGACACACGCUUAGUUUGCUUGCUAGGCCUCACUAUUGCUUCUCUUGCAGUUCGCACGCGCUGCGCACAUACGCGUUUCCGCCUUCGUCGAGUCAACAACACUGUACGUAGCUGAUAGUAGCAGGAGCCACGUCUCUACAUCAAGCUGUUGAAAUAUACCCAAUAGGCCCUGAGUCAAAGUAGAGUAUCAAGAUGUCGAGUGAAAGCGUGAAAACGUUUGCCAGUUUGGAAACUCCAGGGUAUGUAGGUUUUGCUAACCUACCCAAUCAAGUUCACCGAAAGUCUGUUAAAAAAGGUUUUGAAUUCACUCUUAUGGUUGUGGGUGAAUCAGGACUUGGAAAAUCAACCUUAGUUAAUAGUCUUUUCCUCACUGAUUUAUAUCCAGAACGAGUAAUUCCAACUGCAACAGCAAUAACGGAACUUAGUAAAAAAACAAAUCAGAUAGUGAAGCUUGAUGCUUCCACUGUUGAGAUUGAAGAAAGAGGAGUGAAACUUAGAUUGACUGUAGUUGAUACACCAGGAUAUGGAGAUGCAAUCGACAACUCAGACAGUUUUAGAGCUAUCAUUCAGUAUAUUGAUGAUCAGUUUGAAAGGUUUUUGAGAGAUGAAAGUGGUCUAAACAGAAGAAACAUUGUUGACAAUAGAGUACAUUGUUGUUUCUAUUUUAUUUCUCCUUUUGGGCAUGGACUAAAACCUUUAGACAUUGAAUUUAUGAAGCAACUACAUAAUAAGGUCAACAUUGUGCCUGUCAUAGCCAAAGCUGAUGUGCUCACAAAGAAAGAAAUGUUACGCUUGAAAAAACGUGUGCUUGACGAAAUCGAAGAAAAUGGAAUAAAAAUCUACCCGUUGCCGGAUUGCGAUAGUGACGAAGAUGAAGAUUACAAAGAGCAAGUAAAACAGUUGAAAGAAGCUGUUCCGUUCGCUGUUUGUGGAUCAACAACAUUGCUUGAGGUAAAAGGAAGGAAAGUUCGUGGCAGGUUAUAUCCAUGGGGUGUUGUUGAAGUUGAAAACCCAGAUCAUUGCGAUUUUAUUAAACUUAGAACUAUGUUGAUCACUCACAUGCAAGAUCUGCAAGAAGUAACUCAAGAGGUGCAUUAUGAAAACUACAGAAGCGAAAGACUAGCAAAAGGAGCUCCCGUUCCACCGCGACGUCAAACAAUUGUCGAAAAUGACAAAAAUAAUGUAUCUGAAAAGGAUCGCAUCUUACAAGAAAAAGAAGCAGAGCUUAGAAGGAUGCAGGAAAUGCUAGCAGUGAUGCAAGCUCAAAUGCAACAACAGCAACCAUAAAAAUUGCAGACCUC